UAAAAUUUGAAUUGCAUAAAGAAUCUCCUAGGAUUAGAUACCAGUUUUACUAAGAUGGUAUAAAAGUGAAUGCACACGUGAUCUCGAUGUUAUUUUGUUAUCAAUAGUAUCUGAGCAAACAUGUUUAGACAGUUCGUGAUACUUCUGUACGCCGGGUACGUGUGUGGUAUCAGUUUGAAUCCUGGAUCUCAAAAUGGACCGGCAUCACCAUCCCCUGCUGCAGACACUUCUCCAGGACAGGAUCAUCUCGCAGUACCUUCUGACACUUCCUACAAUUCAGUGACACCACCAUCAACCUCGUAUUUACCUACACCGUCUCUAGCCUUCGAAUUGAAACCGGCCGUAGUGGAUAAUAUUGUUGAGAAAUUCCCGAGCAGAAACGUACCCGUGCAAUCUUAUGGAGCACCUGGAGGACAGCAAAAACCUGUUACGUUUACAGCGUCUGUGGCCUCGGAUCCUUCUUCUCCCGAAUAUAGUAAUAUUCUUGAAAGGUAUGCGCCCUCUGUGCCCCCAAUACAGCCAUACUUCGCAGUUCCUCUUUCGGCUAAAACUGUAUCGGUUGGUUUUGAUCAAAGUAACGGCCAAGUUCAAGGUAACGCACAAGCUGGAUACGGCCAGAUUUCCAGACCUUAUUUUGUUUAUAACAACGUUGGCCAAGCUCAAGCUGGAUAUGCCCAAAAUGUCCCUGUACUUGUAUACCAACAAGCUGGCCAAGCCCAAAGCAACGCGCAAGCAGGAUACGGCCAGAAUGUCAGACCUGCUCUAGCAUACAAUGCUGGCCAAGCUCAAGGCCAAGCGCAAGCUGGACAUACCCAGAAUGCCGGACAUGGACUGGUAUAUAGUAACGCUGGCCAAGCGCAAGCUGGAUAUGCCCAGAAUGCCGGACCUGCUCUAGCAUACAAUAAUGCUGGCCAAGCUCAAGGUCAAGCGCAAUCUGGACACACCCAGAAUGCCGGACAUGGACUAGUAUACAGUAACGCUGGCCAAGCACAAGGUCAAGUGCAAUCUGGAUAUGCCCAGAAUGCUGGACCUGCACUGGCAUACAAUAACGCUGGCCAAGCGCAAGCUGGACAUACCCAGAAUGCCGGACAUGGACUGGUAUACAGUAACGCUGGCCAAGCUCAAGGUCAAGCGCAAAUUAGAUAUGCCCAGAAUGCUGGACCUGCACUGGCAUACAAUAACGUUGGCCAAGCUCAAGGUCAAGCGCAAUCUGGACAUACCCAGAAUGCCGGACAUGGACUGGUAUACAGUAACGCUGGCCAAGCGCAAGGUCAAGCGCAAAUUAGAUAUGCCCAGAAUGCCAGAACUGUAUCAAUGUACAAUAAUGCUGCCCAACAAAGCCCACAGCAACUAGUUCCCUAUACAGUAAACAAAGCAACACUUGAGUCUUACGGAUCAGUUAAUGCUCACCCUCCUACUCUUCAACGUAAUGAACAACUUGCUCAAGCGGUCGCUUACGCCGCCAACUAUAAUUCUGGUGCCGAAAGGCAAUAUCAAUUAGUUCCCUAUUCUGUGAAUAAUGCGAAUGUCCAGUCUCAAUCUGCUGCUGUGUCUACGUACCAAGUGAAUCGUGGUCAGGCUGUCAAUCCUCCCCAAGGGCAGUACGUUCCUCAACCAAACCUUGCUUACGCUGUUAAUCCCGUUGUUCCUGUACCAGUCGUGCCUCCUGUAGCUGUACCAGUUCUUUCAGUUGCACCAAAGAAAGUUGCAAUUGAAGCGUAUAGUACUGUUACCAAUCAUGGUGCACCAGCUCCUAAAUACGCUCCAGCUCCUAUACCAGUUCCAGUGAUCUUCCAACAAUUGGAGCCGAGUGUUCAACCUGUCGCUGUUUUGGCUAAAGCUCCCGCUGCUACAUUAGUGCAAGUACCAGUUAGUGGUCAACCUAUUCCUUUGUCGGCUAUUGCUCCUGGUACGGGGGUGCGCUACCAGCCUGUGUCUGUUUCUGGGGGACAAGAAGGUGGUUAUGGCAAAGCUUUAGUAUUCUCUCCCGCAUCAGAAGUUUCCCGUGUUACCUUCAACGGUUUGGGGGUCUCCUACGGUUGGUAGAAUACUUCUCUGCGUACUACCCAGCGGGUUUACCGGGGAUCCGGCCCAAAGGGCAGAAGUAGGAACGGGGUGGUUUUUAGUCAGUAAGAGUCUGAUACUCCCUCUCGUCUCUCCCAAGGCGGGAGAAGUCAUUGGAUGAUUUUCCCCCUUAAAAAAAGUGUAAAAAUAACGUUAGAAUAAUAAUUUAUUGUGAUAUAACGUUUUGUUAAUAAAUGCAGGUUAUGUAAA